UGGAGAAGCUCAACGAGCGGGAGGCUCGGGUCAACAGCAUCUCUGAGAGGGCCAAACAGGCCGACUUGGAUGCUCAUCUGGAACCAGCAACUCUGCUGGAGGAAAUCGAGCUCGACGACCCGACGGACAGGAAGGUGUCCAUCGGUGCAGAUCUAGAGCCGGAGAUCAGGGCGGGGGUCAUAGCUGUCCUGCGGAGAUUCCGAGUCUUGUUCGCCAGAGGACCGGAGGACAUGCCGGGCAUCGACCCCAACCUCAUAUGCCACAGACUCGCCGUGCGGCCGGACGCCAAGCCUGUACAGCAAAAGAAAAGAUACAUGGCGGCCGACCGACGCGAUUUCAUCAGGAAGGAGACGGCAACUCUCCUCAGCAUUAAACACAUCCGGCCGGUCAUCCACGUGGAGUGGCUGGCCAACGUGGUACUAGCCCCGAAGGGCGACACUUGGCGGAUGUGCGUCGAUUAUUCGGACCUAAACAAAGCUUGUCCGAUGGAUCCUUACCCCGUUCCGAGGAUCGACUUGCUGGUGGAUGAAACGGCAGGCUGUGAGCUGCUCAGUUUCAUGGACGCAUUCAGGGGCUACCAUCAGGUGUUCAUGCACCCCGAUGAUGCCGAGAAAACGGCGUUCGUCACGGCGGACGGCGUGUAUUGCUACAUCGUCAUGCCGUUCGGCCUGAGGAACGCCAUGGCUACUUUUCAAAGGAUGAUUGGGAUGUUGUUCAAAGACGUACUUGGGAAGACAAUGGAAGCUUACGUGGAUGACAUCCUGAUCAAGAGCAAGAGAAAGGAGGACCAUGUCCAGGACAUGGAGAGGGUCUUCGGCAUCAUGGAGAGGGCCAGCAUGAGGCUCAAUCCGAAGAAAUGUGCCUUCGCCGUCCGGGGUGGCAAGUUCCUCGGCUACAUGAUGAGCGAGCGGGGGGAUCGAGCCUAACCCGGAGAAAGUGAAGGCAAUUAUGGACAUGGAGGCCCCGAAGAGCCUAAAGGAUGUGCAGCGACUCACCGGGCGUCUGGCGGCCCUGAGCAGGUUCUUGUCCAAACUGGCCGAUAAGGCGAUUCCCUUUUUCCAGAUCAUGAAGAAGGCCAAUCCCUUUGAAUGGACCCCGGAGUGUCAGGCUGCCUUCGAAGAUUUCAAGGUGUAUCUCUCCUCCCCGCUCAUCCUCACCAAAGCGGAUCCCGGGGAGAGAUUGUACAUGUAUCUGGCAGUGGCCGACCUGGCUGUAAGUGCCGUGCUAUUGAAGGAAUCUGAAGGCGUUCAGCGGCCGAUAUACUUUGUGAGUAAGGCGCUGAACGGCCCCGAAACGAGAUACACACUGAUGGAAAAGACGAUCCUUGCCUUGAUUGCAUCCAUCAAGCGCCUGGCGCCGUAUUUCCAAGCACACCCGGUGACCGUCUACACAACGCAACCCCUCGCCACCAUCCUCAGGAAUCCAAUGGCGAGCGGGAGGAUAACCAAG